AUGGUGGCGGGAGGCGCAGAGGGCCUGGGCAAGGCCGGGGCUGAGGCGGUGACCCCGUUCCACCUGCAGCUUGACUGGGCCAGCCCCCUGGAGACGCAGUUCGACGUGCUGGCUUCUGUGCUGCGGGCACACGCCUGGGAGGACGUGGGCCUGGCGCUGUGCCGCGUGCGUGACCCCAGUGGCCUGGUGGCCCUCUGGACGGGCCGGGUGGGCCGGGCCCCGAGCCUCGUGGUGGACCUGAGCCGGCCGCACCCCGGAGCUGCGGGGCUGCGGGCACGCCUGGCCCCGCUCCGGGCCGCUGUCCACGAUGCUGUGGAGCUGGUGGCAAGGGCGCUGGGCAACGCGGCCCAUGAGCACCCAGAGCGCAGCCUCCUCCUGGCCACGGCCAACUGCAGCGACCUGCAACUUGCCCGGCCAGAGUCCUCGGGGCGCCUCCUGGCACGGUUCCUGGCCAACACAUCCUUCCAGGGCCGCACAGGGCCAGUGUGGGUGACUGACACCUCCCAGGUCCACAUGUCUCGGCACUUCAAGGUGUGGAGCCUGCGCCGGAACCGGCGGGGCACGCCAGCCUGGGCCACUGUGGGCAGCUGGCGGGAUGGGCGGCUGGACCUGGAGCCCGGAGCAGCUGCCCCGCACCCCCCAGCCCCGCAGGGCACCCAGGCAAGGCCCCGGCUGCGCGUGGUGACCCUCGUGGAGCACCCUUUUGUGUUCACUCGGGAGCCCGACGAGGAUGGCCAGUGCCCCGCAGGGCAGCUGUGCCUGGCGCCGGGCACCAACGACCCGGCUGCUCUGGACGCGCUGUUUGCCGCGCUGGCCAACGGCUCGCUUGCUCGCGGGCUGCGCGGCGCGCUCGCAGGUGCUGGACUUCACCAGCCCCUUCUUUUCCACCAGCCUGGGCAUCCUGGUGCGUGCGCGCGACGCCGCCUCGCCCAUUGGCGCCUCCAUGUGGCCGCUGCACUGGGCCACGUGGCUGGGCGUGGCCGCCGCGCUGCACCUCACGGCGCUGUUCCUCACGCUGUUUGAGUGGCGCAGCCCCUACGGCCUGACGCCACGCGGCCGCAACCGCGCCACGGUGUUCUCCUACUCGUCGGCGCUCAGCCUGUGCUAUGCCAUCCUGUUCGGGCGCACAGCCUGCAGCAAGACGCCCAAGUGCCCCACUGCGCGCCUGCUCAUGACGCUCUGGGCCGUCUUCUGCCUGCUGGUGCUGUCCAGCUACACGGCCAACCUGGCUGCCGGCAUGGUGGGUGACAAGGCCUUCGAGGAGCUGUCGGGCAUCCAUGACCCCAAGCUGCACCGGCCGCCGCAGGGUUUCCGCGUGGGCACGGUGCGGGAGAGCAGCGCAGAGACCUACAUCAGGAAGAGCUUCCCCGAGAUGCACGCGCACACGCGGCGCCACAGCGCGCCCACCACGCCCGACGGCGUCGCCAUGCUCACGAGCGACCCCCCCAAGCUCAACGCCUUCAUCAUGGACAAGGCACUUCUGGACUACGAGGUGUCCAUCGACGCCGACUGCAAACUGCUGACCGUGGGCAAACCGUUCGCCAUCGAGGGCUAUGGCAUCGGCCUGCCCCGGAACUCGCCGCUCACCUCCACCCUGUCCGAGUUCAUCAGCCGCUACAAGUCCUCGGGCUUCAUGGACUUGCUGCACGACAGGUGGUACAAGAUGGUGCCCUGCGGGAAGCGGGUCUUCGCCGUCACAGAGACCCUCCAGAUGGGCAUCUCCCACUUCUCCGGCCUCUUCGUGCUGCUCUGCCUAGGCCUGGGCAGCGCGCUGCUCUGCUCGCUGGGCGAGCACGCCUUCUUCCGCCUGGUGCUGCCGCGCAUCCGCCGGGGCAGCCGGCUGCAGUACUGGCUGCACACCAGCCAGAAGAUCCACCGCGCCCUCAACGCGGAGCCCGCCGAGGGGCAGAGGGAGAAGCUGGAGAAGGAGCCCGGUGGCCCUGAGAAGCAGCAGCAGGACGCGCCGGCGGCCCCCGAGGGCUGGAAGCGAGUGCGCCGGGCGGUGGGCAAGGAGCAUAGGGUGCGCUUCCUACCGCCCCAUGGCUCUGCCCGGCUCUGGGCAGGGUGCCUCCAGACCUUUCGCCAAGCCCUUCCAGAACCUUCCACGAAGCCCACCCCUCAGCUCUCUGGCAAGGACAAGCUGGGGCCAGGCCCCACACCUGGGGGAAACCCGGCUUCCUAG